ACAUCCAAUUUUCUUGAAAAUGAGUUCACUAAAUAUUUUCCCUUCUACCUUAAUCUCUAAUAAAAAAUUCCCAAUAAUUUUCCAAGAAAAAAACUCCCAAUUUUCUCUCCAUCAAAAAAAGAAACUACAACUUCUUCAUGACCAAAAAUAUGUUUCUAGUUUUAUUCAAUUAAACCAAGUUUCAUCCAAAAGAAAUUGCAUAUUAUACCCUUUGAAAUGUAAUAAAUCAGAUAAUUCAGAAAAUAAUAAUCCAGAAGAAGACCCAAAAGCUAUGGAAACAGUACAAAAACUUUAUAAAGCACUUAAAAAUAAAAAUCUUAUUGAAUUGUCUGAUAUAAUUGGAGAAGAAUGUAGAUGCAUUAGCAAUGUUGCCUCUUCCUUACAAACUUUCUAUGGCAAGGAGCAAGUAAUUGAUUUCUUCAAAUCAAUCAUAAAACUCCUAGGGAAUAAUAACUUUGAGAUUGUUUUCAAACCAACUACACAUGAUGGAACAGAUGUUGGGGUUGCUUGGAAACUAGAAUGCAGUGACACUCAUAUUCCUAUUGUGAAAGGUUUUGGAUUCUAUCAUUGUCAUUAUUACAAGGGUCGUAUGAUGAUAAGGAAUGUGGAGAUGAUCAUGGAGCCACUCCUUCAAAUUGAGCCACUUAGAUUGAAAAUAUCAUCCUUCCUUUUGAGAGCAAUUCAAAAGAUGACUCCACAUAUUUUGAAGGGAAAGAUGAAAGAGGCUCUGCAAAUCUCGCUUAUGACUCUACUAUUUGUAGCUUUGCUGUAUUUGAUUAAGAACUUCAUGUAAUUCACUAGUAAUUUUCUUUUUUGAUUCGUAGCGAUUUUGAGUUUCCAAUCCCACUUGUGGGAUUAUACUGGAUAUGUUAUUGUAGCGAUUCUGAGUUGCUUCUUGUGUGAUGAAUCUUCAUAGAUGGCAGAAACUUUUGGUGCCAUCUAUGAAGAUUAUAAUCACAGAACAAGCAACUCAAAAUCGAUAUGCUAUAAAUAAGCAUUAGGAAAGAGACAUAACAACGAUGUUUAAA